AUGGUCACACCACUGUCGCUGGUCGACACGUGGACAACGGUCGUACGUUCUCCAUGCUACAGUAUACCCAACCCAAGUAUCGCGGGCGGCGGGUACGCGACCAGUAGCGACGUGUAUAUCGCCCAAUCAGCAGCGACAAUGGUGCGGCUCCUUGCGGUGCGGCGCUGCGCUUGUGGCCACUACAUGGCAAUGCCCCCGCCCAUUCUGGUAUUGGGCCAGUAG